AUGGCGGAGCUCAAGCGCAGGACGUACCCAACCAGACCAAGCUUUGGCGACAACGCGCCUUCAAACGCUUUACCGUUUCCCAAGAAGGCAAAUAUGACUGUCGCCGAGAUCCUCGCCUUCCUCCCGAAUAGCAUCAAUUGCGCCGACGUCAUAUACCGGAUGAUCUCGAAUGGUGGCACGCGCAAGUCCAUCCAUGCCAUCGUCAACACCCAUCGCGAUCUGGAUGCCGAAUGGAGUGCCAAUUGUUGUGGAGAAGCCAUGUACAAGACGAUGCAGAAGGCUGGCUAUGCCGAGUGGACCAUCACGAGACACGACCUGUGGCAUAACAGUCGGAAAGCCUUGUGGAAUGCAAACAGACUAGAUGUGGGCAAUCUGCGGACGGCGCCUGGUGGACCAGCAGGAACCGUGUCUUUCAGAAGCCUUGCUGAGAAUGUGAGAACAAUGCCGGAAGGGGACGAUGCGCUGGACCUGACAAGAAUGGUACGAUACUGCGUGCAGAACUCAGAGGAUGGGUGGAGAUACCCGAAGGAUUACGAAGAGCUGCUGGACUUGCUGGGAGGUCCGACUAAAGUAGGAGAGGCAAACACUGAUGGAGCAGUGUUCAGACGCUGGGAAAACAGGAAACCUCCUCCGCCCCUACCCAAGCCUACACGGCCGCCGCAAGGCCUCGAGUUACCUGACGGAUGGAAGAAGACGAGGAGACGGAGCAGCGCAGCAAGGACAAGGUCGAAUGCGGAAAGAAGAUCGAGAACUGUGUCUCCAGGGCCAGGCUCGUUGGUCAAAUGCAGAGCUGCGAGGGACAGCGGAAAUAUGGACCCAGAAGAUGCGGUAGAUAUAGUGGUCAUGGGCGAUUCUGAACCUGAUGGCGGGUAUGGUACACCUUACGUACGAGAGCCAGUAAGUAAGGCUGAAUACGUGCCGCCGCCGCCGCCGCCACCUGGCGUUGCAGGGUUAUCCACCGUAUUGGACCUUGCGCAGGCGUUCCAAGUUGAGGGCGCUGGUGGCGAAUCGGAUCCUUACAGCGCAUACGCUUUCGGAGGCCCUCGCCGCACACCACCGUACCGCUACCUCAAUCAGAUCGCGCAGCCUCACCCGUGGGACAUAAGCGGCUGGGCGGAGAACCUUAGAUGGGCAUUCGAACAGCGAAUUUUGUUUGCGCAGGCCUUCCCGGAAGCGAUCAGGUGGAAUGAAAGUCUAGAACACAUGGCCUGUAUCGAGCGCGAGCGGACGCAGCGCGUCUGGGCGUCCGAUGAGUUGCUCGAGCAGAUGCUGGAGGGCGACUAG